AUUAAUUCUUCAAUAUUAAUAAUAUACUAACAAAAUACCCAAAUAUAAUUUUGUUAAAUUAAAUUUAAUGAUAUCAACAAUUCAAUUAAGUAGUUAAAGUACUCGUUAAUCCAAAAUUCUGUAGCAGUGGAGUGGAAUCAUCGCCCGCACACGAUCUAGCGUACAUUGACGAAUUAAGUUAGGACUGAUGAAGACAUAGAAUUAGUAUAUGGACAUUAAUAUUUUUUAUACAAUGCAAAUUGAUUUUGGAUCCCUGAAAUUUAUAAGAGAGCAGUGUCGACCAGUGCCGCAAAUGACCAUAAUGCAAAUUCUUAAGCUUUUGGAAGCGAUAGCAAUGCACGAAACGGAAUAUUAGUCUCGCUUAAAAGGAAAAAUAAAGCUCUUGCUUGGCUUUAACUGAAGCGAAGAAACUUUAUAAUAAUGAUUAGUUAAUAUUGCCAGCCUACAUGGCAAAUUAAUUUCAAACUCAUUUUCGUAUUUCAUUCAUCCUUCCUAAAAAUCAAAAAUCUAAGCAAAAAAUUAUUGCAAUACAAGUUCUACAUAAAUCAUCGUCAUUUUAGAGGACUAUUAGAAAAAAUAUAUUUGGCAUUUUUAUCGUUUGACAGCUAUAAAACAUGUAGAAUUUCAUAAUUGCUGAAAUACUAUAAAUUUAAAAUCCAAGUAAUUAAUUAAAAUUGCUACUUUAGUUAACUACUCAGAAAAAUACUUAAAAACAUAAAAAAUAGAAUGUAUAAAUGAACCGAUUCAAAUUUAACCGCCACAUAAACAACUAUUAUAUAACGUGCUGACUAAUUUUUACUGAAUCCUGUUCGAUGAAAACUCAGUAAAUUUCUUUCUUUAGGAGAGUAAUCUUAUCAACUUAUUCUCUCAAAAUUCGUUACUAGCAGAAUUUUUUUGACACUUAUCAACGAACACAGCUUGUGAAAACGGGCCUAAAAGCAAUGUAACAGCUGGUGUUGUUGCUAUAUCAUGCUUUGAGGACAUUCUUAACAUGCUCGACAAGUCUUAGUAAACAUAUUAAUGGAUCUUUAAUUUUUUCGAAAUGUGGUAGUUACCAUCAGAUAUGAUAAAAACAGUGCCUAUUGUUACCAUUGUGCGAGCUGGACGACAAAAGUAUGCAGAUGGUUUGAAACUGCAGAAAGAAUUAAGUACGCAGAAAACGGAGGAUUGGACCAAUUUUCGUAAUUAUCUUAUUUUACAGCAACAUGAACCAGUAUAUACCAUUGGCAUACGCACAAAAAAUUAUUCUGAUGAGGACGAACAGCGUUUACGUAAACUUGGUGCCGAAUUUUAUCGGACAAAUCGGGGCGGAUUGAUUACCUUUCAUGGACCAGGUCAAUUAGUUGCUUAUCCCAUUAUACAUUUACGUCAGUUUCAACCGAAAAUGCGGUGGUAUGUUUCCACACUUGAAAACACGAUUAUUGCGACUUGUCGUAAAAUGGGUAUUACACAAGCAACCACUACAUUAGAUACUGGUAUCUGGGUAGGAAAUAAUAAGAUUUGUGCUAUUGGUGUGCACGGUUCUCGAUACGUGACUACGCACGGAAUUGGCUUAAAUUGUUGCACUGAUUUAAGUUGGUUUGAGCACAUUGUUCCAUGCGGCAUUGAAGGAAAGGGUGUAACAUCACUAAGUCGGGAAUUAAAUCGGAAUGUAAGCGUAGAAGAAGCUGCGGAUGUGUUCCUUGGAUGCUUUAGGGAACAUUUUAAAUGCCAAACAGAAGAGGACAUAUAAAAUCCGGAUAAUACAAGAUUUGUUUAUAUUUUCUAUCUAACGAAAUAUACAUAUAAAAACUACAAA